AUGAGGAGCCAACUUUUGGUCCUUGUGGUCCUUGUUUUGCUCUUCUAUGUUCCACCAGUUAGAAGUGAGCAAAAUGCCUACAUAAAUCGAAUCUUUGGUUCUUGCUGGAGAAUAAAAGGAUCUUGCAGGAAAAAAUGUGUCGGCAAGGAACUAUUUCACAUUUUAUGUGAUACUUCACUUGUGUGCUGCAUAGAGAGCAGUGAAUUACCUAUGAUGAGUGCUGUGAAAGACUGA